GUCUCUCCCGAGCCUCGCUCUCAGCUUGGGCCCCGCCAGGCUCCGUAGCCUCGGGCUGCCCGGGCGGCGGCCCCGAUGCUCGCCCUGCCCCUGGGAGGCGCCUGGCGCGGCCCGCCCGCCUGCCAGGCCUCGGCCCCGCCUGGCCGCGGAGACCGGCGCUGCGGGGACGUGGGCAGCAGCAGUAGAUGUGAUGGCACCAAGAAGAAAAGAGAAAUACAAGCUUCCGGUUCCACUCCCAGAAGGCAAAGUUCUGGAUGAUAUGGAUGGAAACCAGUGGGCACUGGGCAAGAUGAUCGGCUCUGGAGGGUUUGGAUUGAUAUACUUAGCUUUUCCCACAAAUAAACCAAGUAAAGAUGCAAGACAUGUAAUAAAAGUGGAAUAUCAAGAGAAUGGCCCAUUAUUUUCAGAACUUAAAUUUUAUCAGAGAGCAGCAAAAAGAGAAUAUAUUCAAAAGUGGAUAGAACAGAGAAAACUUGAUUAUUUAGGAGUUCCUCUAUUUUAUGGAUUUGGUCUGACUGAUUUUAAAGGAAGAAGUUACAGAUUCAUGAUAAUGGAAAGACUGGGAAUAGAUUUACAGAAGCUCUCAGACCAGAAUGGUGUUUUUAAAAAAUCGACUGUCCUGCAACUUGGAAUCAGGGUGCUGGACAUACUGGAAUAUAUACAUGAAAAUGAAUAUGUUCAUGGUGAUAUAAAAGCAGCAAACCUACUGUUGGGCUACACAAAUCCAAAUCGGGUUUAUCUUGCAGACUAUGGACUUUGCUACAGAUACUGUCCCAAUGGGAACCACAAACAGUAUCAGGAAAAUCCCAGGAAGGGCCAUAAUGGAACAAUAGAGUUUACAAGCUUGGAUGCCCACAGAGGAGUAGCCCCUUCCAGAAGAAGCGACGUUGAGAUCCUUGGUUACUGCAUGCUGCACUGGCUAUGUGGGAAGCUACCUUGGGACACAAACCUGGAGGACCCUGUGGCUGUCCAGACUGCUAAAACCAAUCUGCUGGAUGAACUCCCAGAGUCGGUGCUUACGUGGGCUCCUCCUGGAAGCAGUUGCUGUGAACUUGCCAAGUUCUUGGCGUGUGUCUGUAAUUUAGCUUAUGAUGAAAAGCCAGACUAUCAGAAGCUCAAGAAGAUUUUAAAUCCAGAUGGAGUACCUUUAGGGCCCCUGGAAUUUUCCACCAAAGCACAGAGUGUUCAUGUGCAUACUCCAACCCGCCAAAAAGUGGAUUCUCCAAAGGUUACAUCGAAAGCAGCCAGUGAGUUGCCAGUUGAGUUCACCAAGAAAGUCUGCAGAGGGACAUGUGCAGCAGGGAGCAAGGGGCGUGAAGAGGGCCAGCCCCGAGCCCUGCCCAGCAGAGCAGCAGCGCUGGAAAACUCAAGGAGAAGAAAUAUAUACGAGUAUUCAGAUUUUCAGAGUGAAAUGCACAGUCUUCACCAGACACCCAGCUAUAUGGGUUUGCAAACUUCAUAUUAUAAGCCCUAUCCGGAUUGCACCAGUAGAGAUACAAUCAGGAAGCCAAGGUCUCCAGUUCAGUACAGAUAUACUUCCACCGGUGAUAUGGGUGUCACAGACUUGGAACGUCCUCCAGGACUUUGGCCUGCAGUUUUCCAGUUGACUCUCAGUGACGAGAUGAAGGCAGAGGUGUACUACUAUGGACUCACUAUAGUUUUCCUGCUGAUAUUAGUUUGUCUCGCUUUGUAUCUUCUCUGAUGUCAAAUAAAUCAGUUGUUUUCUUUAUAACCAA